AUGGCAAGAAAACACUUUUUUCUGUUAGCUGUAACAAGCCUGUUGAUUUGCUCAGCAGUGGCAGAUUGGAACAUUCUUCAUCAAAGGAAGAAAAACAAUGUUGUUUCUGGUUCUGGUUUGAAGAAAUACUGUGAGAGUUGGAGGAUUAAUGUUGAGUUGAACAACAUAAGAGGAUUUGAGGUUGUCCCUCAAGAAUGCAUAGGUUACAUAGGAAAAUAUAUGAGUUCAAGUCAGUACAAGGCAGAUUGUGAGAGGGCAAUUGAAGAAUGUGAAGUGUAUUUGAGUAGUUGCUGUGAUUCUGUGAAAGGUGGUGAAGGGAAAGAUGCUUGGAUCUUUGAUGUUGAUGACACAUUGUUGUCCACUGUGCCAUACUUCAAGAGUCAUGGAUUUGGGGGGAAGAAACUGAAUCUUACAUCAUUGGAAGGCUGGAUGGAGAAUUGCAAAGCACCAGCUCUUGAUCCUACACUCAGAUUGUUCCACAAGAUUAAAGGGAGAGGCUUUAAGAUUUUCUUGAUUUCAACUAGAAGAGAAUCCUUAAGAGAUGCUACUGUAGACAACCUUAUCAAGGUUGGAUAUCAUGGGUGGUCUGGUCUUAUAUUAAGGGACCUGAGUGAUGAAAACAGAAGAGUACAACACUACAAAGCAGAAGCUAGACAAAAGUUGGUUAAGGAGGGGCACAAUAUCUGGGGAAUCGUUGGUGAUCAAUGGAGCAGUUUUGAUGGAAAUCCAAAGGCCAAAAGAACAUUCAAGCUUCCAAAUUCUUUGUACUAUGUUUCUUAA